AUGGAGGACGCCUUCUCACCAGAAGGAAACCCGGAGGAGGAGGCGGCGGCGGCGGCGGCGGCACGGGCCCAGGGAACGGCCAGGGCUUUUGCCUCGACGGGGUCGGGACAGCGCCGCGUGAGGCCUGCUCUGGUACGGUGCAGCGUGGUAAUGGUAGCGGCGGGUACAGUCAGCUUGCUAAUCAGCCGGUCGGCCCAGCACCUCACCACCUCACCUCACUCAGCUGAGCUCGCGCGGCUGGAGCCUGGAGGGGGGAGGAGAGCGGGGAGUGUGAGCAGCUUGGGUGUGGCCAUGUGCUCAGUGGCAGAACGGCACGGAAAAGGGCAGGUUUGGGGGUGA